AUGACCUAUCUCUGCUCUGUUGUUGCCGAGAGACGAUACGCUGUCUUCUGUUUACGUCUGUACAUGGAGUGGUAAUAAAUCUCUUGAAAUGGUGUAGACUGAGCAGGAAACAUCAGCCAUGGAUUUGGAAACAAUUGAGGAGAUAGAUGAUGCAGCUCUCUCAGAGUUCGGUAAGGAGACUGAGGAAAAAGAAAAACUUGAAAACGAGUCUGAAGACCAGAAUACAGAAGAGCCUGAUGGAGAUGAUGAAAAGAAAGAUGAAGACCCUUCAGGGAAAAGAGAGGAUGAGAAUGCAAAUGAAAUCAUUUUGACUUCAGGCGAAGAACCUCAGCCUGUAAAUGCAGUUGUGGAUUCAGAUAUGCAGACAUGUGGUCCGGAUGACAUACCUGAAGUUAGUCAAGAAAUCCCCCAAGAAGACAAUGUUGAACCAGUGCCAGUAGAUGUUAGUACUUUGGUAUACAGGGAUACUCACGGCAGGUUUUGCCUAGAUUUAUCAGAAGAGGACAUCAGUGUAAUACCUCCAGAUACCUUUGAACUGGACUUCUUGAAUUACUUAUCAGUGACUUGUUUACCUCUUUAUGAGAUCCCAUCUGGUCUUAGCUACCUUCAACAGCUAGAUUCAUUGACAUUGAGGGAGUGCUCGCUAACAGAGUUCCCCGGGAGUAUCUGUGCAUUGCCGCUGUUGGAACAUUUAGACUUGAGUGGAAAUGAAAUCCAAGAGAUUCCGACAGAGAUAAGAAUGCUGUCCUCGUUGCAGCAAAUUGACCUAUCCGACAAUCAACUAACUGCCCUACCAAAUGAAUUCUGCCACCUGCGGAAACUCAUCUGCGUCUUUCUCUCCCAAAACAAACUGACCAGUCUGCCAGCCAACAUCUCACAUCUCCGCAACAUCCAAGUCUUGGAGAUGAACAACAACAUGUUGAAGUGGUUGCCAAAACAAGUCUGCCUCUUGGAUCAGCUCGUAAAGCUCAGUCUCUGUGGGAACUACCUUCAGACAUUGCCAGCAGACAUCGAGUACCUCUUUAACCUGCAGGAGUUGCAUCUUGAACAGAACAGCUUCUUCUACCUCCCCAUCCAAAUAUAUUGGCUCCCAGAAUUAGAGGAACUGUACCUCAGUCAGAAUCACAUCCAGGAGAUAUCCUCAGAGAUUCAGAAGCUCACUAAGCUUAGGGUUCUAGAUCUUGGUACCAAUGAGCUCAACACCGUUCCGCAAGAGAUUUGUCUUCUUUUAAAUCUGGUAUUUCUUGGUCUUGGCUCAAACAGGCUAACAUCCCUCCCAGACAACAUGAACAGACUUUACAAGUUGGUAGAAUUCUUAGUAGGAAACAAUGAGCUGACUGAAAUCCCUGAUGACCUAUCGCUCCUGUCACAGCUUCAAGUUCUGGAUCUGUCCAACAACCAUAUGUCAGAACUACCUGUUGAGAUUGCUAGUCUAAAGCAGGUGAAUGUGCUGUCACUACAGGGCAACCAGAUCUCUACAUUUCCACCUGGUGCUUGCCUUCUCAGUAAAUGUGAAGAGUUGUCCUUUGAUAGGAACCUUCUCAGUAGACUACCCAGUGAGGUGAAGCAUAUGAAAUCUCUUCAGAGUGUAACCAUAACCAACAACAGACUCACGCAAUUCCCAAAGGAGCUAUGUGAAGUGAGGACUCUUCAAUUCUUAGAUCUGAGUCAGAACCUCAUCAGCUCAGUACCUGCUUCAGUGCGACGUCUACAGAACCUUGAGAAGUUCAUUCUUAACGAGAAUACAUUCACAGCCAUCACUCCAGAGAUGUGUACGCUCAAGAACCUGGUCUCCCUCAGCAUGUCAGAUAAUCAGAUAACAGAGAUCUGUGAAGAGGUCAGCAUGUACCAACGGUUAGAAGCCCUGGAUCUCUCAAACAACCAGUUCCCGGUCUUUCCUCCAGAGAUCUGGACCAUCUCGCGGCUCAGGAUCCUUCACUUCAUCCAGGAGAAGGGUUUGAAGGCAUCCUUCCUGCAGCCUGCCAUCUACAACUGCCAGGACUUGGAAGAGAUCUAUGUACAGCACAACUGCCUUACCAUGAUCCCAAACACCAUUCGAUCCCUCUCCAAACUCAGGAUCUUUUGUGCCUCAGACAACUGCCUCAUGGACAUCCCGGAGGUGUUCUGUGAGCUCAAGAACCUGGAGGUUCUGAAGCUUGAAAGAAAUCGAAUCAAGUCACUGCCAAAUAACUUUGAGAUGUUGAGCGAGCUACGAGUGUUGAGGCUGGAUACCAAUCCUCUGGCUCACCCACCAAGUGAGGUAUGUGAAGGAGGUGCCAUGGACCAAAUCACCAGCUUUAUCAGGAAAGCAGAUGAAAGAGAGGAGGCUUUGCUGUGCAAGAUGUUCACAUGUGUGGCAGCUAACCUGAGAGAGAGGGAGGCCCAUGACCUGAUGCGUGUCUUUCACUUCCCGAAGGAUGUCAUGACCUUGAUGGAGAGGUCACAUAGAGGAUCCACUCCAGACGCCCUCACCAUGUCUGUCGUCAAACGAUGGCGGGAAGAGAAAGGUCAUGCAGCAUCCCCCGAUGAACUGAUACGCUACGUUGGGCUUAUUGAUAUGCCAGUGGUGACCAGCAAACUGAGGACCAUUCGUGUGGAUUCACAGGUUCAUCGCUUGUGAGUUCAUCAGAGCUGUAUGUAACUGUAUGUAUCUUGGACCAUGCAUUGACUAGCUUCUCCAGAUGAACUAAUACGCUACGUUGGGCCGAUUGAUAUGCCAGAGGUGAGAAUUAAAUCUGUGUUCACCAAAUCCUGCAAGGUGAUGGAUGAGUGUGAGGUAACAUCUGAUAUUCUCAUUGGAGCUAACAAGGAUCCAUGAUAGGGAAUUCUCUUUCUUACCUUUUCUUACAUGAAAUAAAGUUAAGCUGGUUGUAGGCAAACUUAUUUUGUUUGUAUGUGCUGUAGAUAAUAUGGUCAUGUUACUGUGCUGUUUCUGAUGUGGUAAAGCACCGUAGGUGGUAACAGUUUUCUUGAAUAGUGUACAUACAUGUAGGCAGCUAUCAAAUGUUGAGAAUCGAUCAGCACUGAUUGGUUUCAAGUACUUGAAGAAUAUAUUCAUGUUAUGUUUAACAAUGCGUUUCAAGUAUCAUUCAAAAUGUAAGGAUUCUGAAAGGGAAGUAUGAAAGAGAGUGCAUUGGAAAAAGAUGCAUAUCGCAACAAAUUCAUACUGUGGAAUCUAAAACGAAAGACUGUGUUUGUAAAGUGACCAAAAAAGAAAUAAAAAGAUGUAUAUGUUUAUGACAUUAAAUUGAUGAAAGUUAAAUGAACUUACUAACAAAAUUAAUGAAUAAAUUAAUUAUAUAAUGAUAAUAAUUGAUUGAUUAAUCAACCAAUAAAAAUGAAUUAAUAGAUAAAUAUAUUUAUAUAUAUAAAAAUAUAUAUAAUUAAAUAAAUACCCAAUGUGUCUAGAUGAGGAAGAAUUCAGUUUCCGUCUGAAAUGAAAGCUAUAUUUCUUUGUGUGUAACUAUUUCCUGUAAAAACAAGGAAGUUAGAUUUUAUCAUAUUCAUAACCUAGAAACUGUGUUAUAUAUUGAUAGUCAAACAACCACCACCACCACCAAGUAUCUGAACAUCGAAUGUCUUCAAGUUGUCUUCUCGCUGCUUCAAGAAAUAAAUAAAAACUCAGUUUUCUGUUAAAGUGCCUUCUUUUAAUUCAACCAAAGUAUUUUUCACACUUAAAGAGUUGAUAUUCUUUUAAUUUGACAGCUGUUUCAAGAAAUAAAUUGAAACUCAAUCAUCUACUCAGGUGCCUUAUUUAUUUCAAGCAAAGCAUAUUCACAUUGUUUGGUCAGUAUUCAGUUUAUCACACUAUUAGAUUGUGUAUUACAUGAGGUUACACACUGUAUUAACAUUGCUUUAUAUAAACAUUUUUUUUUUUUUUUUUUUGUAUACCGGUAGACUUUUAUUAAUAUAUUUGUGUUAGCUGCAGGUAGACUCUAUUGAUAUUGAGCUUCCAAUUUACCCCAGCGGGGAGAGUAUAAUUUAUAUAUUAUUUACAAAUGGUAUCUCACUUCACUAGGUUGAGAGAAAUAAGAAGAGAAUGUUGAACAUUAGACAGUGGUACACCUUCUUCCCAUGACAACUUUUUUUCUAUUGUUAGUCUUGAAUCAGUGUUUGACAUGGGUAUCAUGAUUCUCACAAAGCACUGUGCUACUUAUGUAGUGUAAGCAACGAUGAUGAUUACGAUUUACUUUUCCUCAAAUACCCACACACAUCCAUACGCACACAAAGAGUAGUUACCUUAAUACCUCAGUCAAACCAACGAGACCAACACCUGACUGACUACACACCAAACCAACAAAUAUAUAACCCCCUUACCCCCUCCUCCCCCAGUGACCAACACCUGACUGACUACACACCAAACCAACAAA